AGUUACCUACCCACCAUGGGCUCGAAGGCCCCGCCCUCAGGUCCCAUGCAGACCCUCAUCUUCUUGGACCUGGAGGCCACUGGCCUGCCCUUCUCUAAGCCCAAGGUCACGGAGCUGUGCCUACUGGCCGUCCCCAGAUGUGCUCUGGAGAGCCCACCGACCUCUCAGGGGCAACCUCCCACAGUGCCCCCACCACCCCGAGUGGUGGACAAGCUCUCCCUGUGCGUGGCUCCGGGGAAGGCUUGUAGCCCGGCAGCCAGUGAGAUCACGGGUCUGAGCACAGCUGAGCUGGCAGCACAUGGGCGUCAAUGUUUCAAUGACAACCUGGCCAACCUGCUCCUAGGCUUCCUACAGCGCCAGCCACAGCCCUGGUGCCUUGUGGCACACAAUGGGGACCGCUUUGACUUCCCCCUGCUCCGGGCAGAGCUGGCUAUGCUGGACCUUGCCAGUGCUCUGGAUAGUGCCUUCUGUGUGGACAGCAUUGCAGCCUUGAAGGCCCUGGAACGAGCUACUAGCCCCUCAGAGCAUGGCCCAAGGAAGAGCUACAGUCUGGGCAGCAUCUACACACGCCUGUAUGGGCAGGCCCCGCCAGACUCACACACCGCUGAGGGUGACGUCCUAGCCCUGCUCAGCAUCUGUCAGUGGAGGCCACAGGCCCUGCUGCGGUGGGUGGAUACUCAUGCCAGGCCCUUCAGCACCAUCAAGCCCAUGUAUGGGAUCACAGCCUCUGCUGGGAUCAACUCAAGGCCAUCCGUUGUCACAGCCACUGUACCCCUGGCCACAGCCAGAAACACUAGUCCCAGCCUUGGUGGAACCAGAAGACCCAAGGCUCUUCCUCCAGUGAAGGGCCCUGUAGCCCCACCCAGGGAGGGACUGCUGGCUCCCUUAGGCCUGCUGGCCUUCCUGACCUUGGCAGUAGCCACACUGUAUGGACUGUCCCUGGCCACACCUGGGCAGUAGGCCAAGAAGGAAAAUCUGACUAAUAAAGACCCCUGUAGCACUGAGUGGUCGGU